AUGAAGUGUGUUUUGAUCAAAGACAAGACUGGUCCAGCCGAUAACCUGUAUCUCGGUGAGGAAAAUACACCUGAACCAGGUAAAGGGGAAGUUCAAGUGAAAGCAUUCGGUCUUAAUCGGAUGGAUCUACUUCAGAGAGAGGGCAAAUACCCUUUACCGCCUCAAGCGUCCAAGACAAUCUUGGGAGUAGAGUUCUCGGGUGUAGUUACUAAAUUGGGAGAAGGAAGCAAGACUUGGAAAGAAGGCGAUGAAGUUUAUGGGCUAGCUUACGGUGGAGCAUACGCAGAAUACAUCGUUAAUCCAGAAGGAAUGCUCUUACCCAAGCCCAAAGAGUUCGAUUGGGUAGAAUCUGCUGGUAUACCAGAAGUCUGGAUGACAGCUACCCAAGCUUUGAUGGUUGAAGCUCCAUUGAAAGAAGGUCAUAACGUCUUUAUCCACGCUGGUGCUUCCGGUGUAGGUAUAGCUGCUAUACAAAUUGCCCUACACGUUCUUAAAGCUGGAAAGGUGUUUACGACUUGUGGAUCCGAUGAGAAAGUCGAAUUCUUGAAGGGAUUAGGUCAUAGUGAUAGAUUACAUGUGUUCAAUUACAAGACGCAAGAUUUCGCUGAGGAAUUGAAGAAACAUGCACCGGGAGUAGAUUUGAUAAUUGAUUUCAUUGGAAAGCAAUACUGGAACCAAAAUAUCUCAUCACUAAAAUUAGAUGGCACGAUGCUAUAUCUAGCUUUCAUGUCAGGUCCAGCUUUCCCCGAAGGUGCAAAUCUAGGUCCCAUAUUGGGUAAAAGAUUAACUAUUAAAGGAAGUACUUUAAGAUCUAGAUCGUCAGAGUAUCAACACGAACUGCUUGAAACAUUCAAGAAGAACGUAUUACCUGGUAUACUCAAUAAAGAAUUACAAGUCAAGAUAUACAAGACAUACCCCUGGACAGAUGUCAUUCAAGCUCAUAAGGAUAUGGAAGCUAAUAAGAACAGCGGAAAGCUCGUAUUGGAAGUCACUGAGUGA